AUGCAAAUCUGUUAUUUCAGGAAAGACCCCCAUACACCUAAAAGCUUGAAACCCAAGUCUGAUUUAUUUUUUCUGCUGCAAACCGGCUACAAACUUUGUGUAGAACUUCUUAAUCUCCAUGGCCGCCGAGGACUUCAUGCGAGAGAGAACCCACCUGUUAUGUUACGGUCCUGCACUUAUCCAUUCCAAAUCUUGGUUAUAAUAGCUUCACUUGGGACCUUGAGCUUGUCCAAUGUAUCAUCUCCUUCAUGCUUUCAUGACGAGUACAAGCAACAUGCCCUCAUCACCAUUUCCACACGCUAUGAUUUGUCUAAGCUGAACUCUCAAUCCUCGACAACUGUAGCAAUCAACCUCAACCAAUGGAGCAACAUCACCUUUGCUCAAACCCUUGUCAAAGCACUACCUCGUGUAGUUCUUCUUGUGCCGGCGAGAAGCACGUCUUUGGCCCCUUCACCAACGCCAUUUCGUCUUGUGACACUGGCUAAUCAGUCCUCCUUUGACUCGCUCUUGGAAGACUUGUUGAUAAUCCUUGAUCUCACAUAUUUCAAUGUCUAA